GGCAGGGUGCAGCUGCUUGUAUGCAUCCUCAAGUUGCCUAUCUGCCAUGAGUUGUUUGAGGAAGCAAAUGUCCGGGGUCUGGGCAAACAACGAAGAGGAGGCAAGGUCCUGGUGUGUACUCGUGGAUCUUCUGUCCAGCACCGGGUCCAGCGUGGUAUUGAAAUCUCCUGCAAGUAUAAGAGGGGCGUCUUCGGGUAGGGCUUCAUGGAGGGUGAGCCAGAAGUCCACCUUGGCGACGCUAUCAUUGGCGGAAGCGGCUGUUGUUGCUGCUGGUGCAUCACCACAUCUUGGAGAUUCGGAGCUGCCAUCAUUUGUUCUUGUUGCUGUUGGUGCAUCACCACUUCUUGGAGAUUCGGAGCUACCAUCAUCUGUUCCUGUUGUGCCAUCUGCUGGUGUUGGUGCAUCGUUAGCAGCUGUUCCGGCAGCUGUUCCUGCAGAGGGCGGUGCUGGUGUUGUUGUUGCAGCUGAUGUUGCUGUUGUUGAUGUAUCAGCAUUUGUUCCUGCUGGUUUUUCUGUUGAGGUUGUUGUAACAUCAUCUGCUGCUCCAUGUGUUGUGGCAGGAGCCCAACCUGGUGUUGCGGCUGCUGCAUUGAUUGCGGUUGGAGUUGUAAGGGCUGCACCUGCUCCACUUGUAGAUCGGGUUGGUGCCCCAUCUGCUGUGGCUGCGUCUGUUGUAGGUGUUGAUCGAGUUGCAGCAACGAGUCAUGGUGUUGCAUCGCGCAGGGUUUAUGUUGUUGAAACAUGGGCUGUUGUUCUUGCUGCUGUUCUUGCUGAUGUUGUGGUUCUCGGAUUUGGUGAUGGUGUUGCAACAGUAUCCCGUUUUGUGGUUGCGACAUCGUGUGCUGCUCCUGCGGUUGUCGGGGAUGCUGUUGUGGCUGUUGGAGCCCUGGCUGUGGCAACAUCAGCUGUUGCAGUUCUGAGGGAUGGUCCUUGAACUCGAUCUCUUGCGUUUGUUGGGGGCGCUGCCCAAUUACAGCAUCAUGUU